CACAUGAUUAAUACUCUCAAAUGUGAACCUUGUAUGCUUGCAUCCAGCUGUGGAAAUUCUGGGAAAAUACCCGUCAAUGCCCGUUAAUGAUGACGUUAUAUUCCCGCUUGCAACCACGACUUCCUCCUUUUCGGACUUCAUCAAGCAGAUAUGCCAGGACCUGGUUCAACUACUAAGAAAUGUGCUUCUUGUUCUAUGCCACUCAAUGUGGCUUGCAAGACGAUCAAGUACUGCAAAGCAGUGCAGCCCCACAAUCUGCGUUUGAAAAAAAAAAUAGAAAGAUUUGAUUUGAAAUCAGAGACAUGGGCCCAGGCCCAGAAAAAGAAUAACACUUCAUCCCACCUGAUGGAUGACGCUUCUUUGUUGCUGGAAAGGUUUCAGGCCCUUGGCUCCAGGGGUGUGUUAUUUAUAUCCCGCCCUGGAACUAAAUCAUGGACCUGUGAGGUUCUUCUGCCCAGAUGUAAAGUCACUGAAUCAGCAUCUGCCUGCCUAAAGAGGAUGGAGGCGUUGUUUGAAUUUGUUGUGCAAGGUUGGAGUCAGUCAGAGAAAGUAGCAGCCUCAGCAGCAGAGAUCCCACAGCCUCCUGUAGACAACUCACUGGCCACAUCAAGUUAUUAUGGAGCCCCUGCUCUUCCCAUUCCUUCCCCUUCAGCUCCUAAUCUUGCCAGUCCUACCCCUCCAGCGCCUACCCUUUCCAUUCCUACCCUUCCAGCCCCUACUCUUUCCUUUCCUACCACUCCAGCUCCUACUCUUCCCAUUCCUACCACUCCAGCUCCUACUCUCCCCAUUCCUACCACUCCAGCUCCUACUCUUCCCAUUUCUACCACUCCAGCUCCUACUCUUCCCAUUUCUACCACUCCAGCCCCUUCUCUUUCCAUUCCUACCCUUCCAGUCUCUACUCUUUCCAUUCCUACCACUCCAGCUCCUACUCUUUCCAUUCCUACCCCUCCAGUCUCUACUCUUUCCUUUCCUACCACUCCAGCUUCUACUCUUCCCAUUCCUACCACUCCAGCCCCUACUCUUUCCAUUCCUACCCCUCCAGUCUCUACUCUUUCCAUUCCUACCACUCCAGCUCCUACUCUUUCCAUUCCUACCACUCCAGCUUCUACUCUUCCCAUUCCUACCCCUCCAGCUCCUACUCUUCCCAUUUCUACCACUCCAGCUUCUACUCUUCCCAUUCCUACCACUUCAGCUUCUACUCUUCCCAUUCCUACCCCUCCAGCUCCUACUCUUCCCAUUCCUACCCCUCCAGCUUCUACUCUUCCCAUUCCUACCACUCCAGCUCCUACUCUUUCCAUUCCUACCACUCCAGCUUCUACUCUUCCCAUUCCUACCCCUCCAGCUCCUACUCUUUCCAUUCCUACCACUCCAGCUCCUACUCUUUCCAUUCCUACCACUCCAGCUUCUACUCUUCCCAUUCCUACCCCUCCAGCUCCUACUCUUCCCAUUCCUACCCCUCCAGCUUCUACUCUUCCCAUUCCUACCACUUCAGCUUCUACUCUUCCCAUUCCUACCCCUCCAGCUCAUACUCUUCCCAUUCCUACCACUCCAGCUUCUACUCUUCCCAUUCCUACCCCCCCAGCUCAUAAUCUUGCCAUCCCUGCUCCUGGAGGAAACAAGAGGAAGAAAAAUAAUGAUUGCUCUCACAGCAGCCAGGAAGUAUUCAAGGGAGAUAUUUUGAAGGAACGAGUUAAAGAGGGAAGGAAGGAAUACCUUCUGAAAUGGCACCCUUGCAGUUUAUGUGGAAAAAAAUGGAGAAGCACCUGGGUGGAGGAGGAUUCCUUCCUUAUGUAGUGUGUGUGUGUGUGUCUGUGUGAGUGUUUAAUAAACCGUUGUUAUAAUGC